UCUCAAUCCGACGUUGUAUAGUAUCCCCACAAAACACACAAACAAUGGCGACCGUCGCAGAAUCCCAUUCUCCCUUCCUUCCGGCCACCUUCUUCUUCUUCUUCUUCUUCCCACGCUUACUGCUUGGUCUACUACCGGUCAUACUCUUCCUCCUCUCCCGCUUCCUCCUCCUCCGCAACCGGAGGCCGUCCCUCCACCUCCCCCCAGGCCCAAAACCCUGGCCCAUCCUCGGCAACCUCCUCCACGUCGGAUCCAUGCCCCACGUAGCCUUCUCCCAACUCUCCCAAGCCCACGGCCCGCUCAUCUCCCUCCGCCUGGGGGCCCAGCUCGUGGUCGUAGCCUCCUCCCCCGAAGCCGCCAGCGAGAUCCUCAAAACCCACGACCACGACCUCUCCGGCCGGAGCGUCCCCCACGUGUCCUUCGCUCGCGACCCGGAGCUGAACCGCGACUCCAUCGCGUGGGCCACCCACUGCACGGACCAGUGGCGCUCACUCCGCUCGUUGGUUCGGGCCGAGCUGUUCACCUCCAAGGCUCUGGACCGGCACUCGGAGGCUCGGGAGAAGCAGGCUCGGGAUAUGGCUCGUUUUCUGGAGCGGAGGCAGGUGGGGGAAGAGGUGAGAGUCCGUGACGUGGCGUUCGCUUACAUGUUCAAUGGGUUGGCUAGCGCUUACGUGUCGAGGGAGCUGGUCCAGCUGGAAGGCGGCGGAGGUGACGUGGAGCGGGUGAGCGGGAUCGUGAGGGAGAUGAUGGAGCUGUACGCGGCUCCGAAUGUCUCGGACCUUUAUCCGUCGUUGGGCGGGCUCGACCUCCUGGGUCUGAGGAAGCGUACGGAGGAGUGCGUGGCGAAGCUGAGGGAGGUGUGGGACCCGCUCAUCAUCUCGCGGCGGAGGGAAGUCAGAACAAGUGAUCGUCCGGAUGGUGACGGCGGCCGUGACUUCCUGGACGCGUUGCUCGACGUUGGAUUUUCCGACGAGGCGAUCAGUUACACCUUUGUGGAAAUGCUAGCGGCGGUGUCAGAUUCCACAAGCGCGUCCACCGAAUGGGCGCUGGCGGAGCUUCUCAAGAACCCUAAAACAAUCACCGCAGCUCGCCGGGAGCUCGACGGCAAGUUCCCGAGAGGCCACGUCAUCAAAGAAUCCGACCUCCCGGACCUUCCUUACCUAUGCGCGUGCGUGAAGGAGACUUUGCGCCUCCACCCUCCGGCGCCGCUCCUGCUGCCACGUCGCGCGGCUCGGGACUGCCACGUCAUGGGCUACACCGUACCUGAAGGCGCACAGGUGUUCGUCAACGUGUGGGCGAUCGGAAGGGACCCGCGGUACUGGGAGGACGCAUCGAGUUUCAAGCCGGAGAGGUUUAUCAUGGCCGGCGGUGGUGGACGUGAGCAUGACGUGGAUUACAAGGGCAGCAACUUCGAGUUCCUGCCGUUUGGGAGCGGGAGGAGGAUGUGUUCCGGGAUGCCGAUGGCGAUAAGGAUGAUCCAGCUGGCGGUGGCCACUUUGGUCCACGGGUUUGAGUGGUCGAUGCCGGAGGGAGCGGCGGCGGCGGUGGAGGAAAUGGGGAUGGAGGAGAGGUACGGUGUCACGCUGUUGAAACUGCACCCACUAGUUCUCAUUCCAACUCCGAGGGUUUAAGUAUGAUAAAAUAAAAAAAUAAACUUGCUAUGUAUUCUUAUUAAUAUGCUUAUGUUGAAUGAUAAUUUGCAACUAAACCUAUAUAUUGGUUAUAUCAUCAAUGCAUGAAUUAUGGAGUCUUUGCCACGUUGAUGUUAGGAGGAGCAGAACAUGGAAGA